AUGUCCGUAUCAUCAACGCCACCGCCUCCAUUGACUCCUCGUGCGCCCCGUCGAGAUCGUGUUGCAGCACCAGGUGGACGUGGCGCACGCUUCGGUGCUGACGAGCUGCAGAGCUUCCUUGAAACGCUUGAAGAGCAUCUACCACUGGGGCGCGACGAGUGGGAGCUGGUUGUUUCUAUCCACAUUCGGAGUUUUAGCGCCAACAACCGCACGGUCGACUCUAUGCCGCUCCUGCAUACCUACUGGUAA